AUGAAACUUUUAUCACGCAAUGUAAAUCUUCAAUUAACGCCAAAUCCAUAUACUAAAGGAUUUCAAACGACGAAUAGUGAAUGCUAUGAUGCUCUCAUGUCAAAUUUUAGUGGAAUUCCGAAAGGUUUUUUGGCUGGAAAUAACGUCAUUUUUGUCGUAUUUCAUAUUUGGCAGCUCUAUUUAUUUUUCAACGCGGUAUUUCACGAACAUUCCAUUCAAAUAAUGGCCAUCUGCUUUUUUAAUUUCGGUUGGCUUUUUUUUGGUCUUGUCCAAGGUCUAGAAAUAAAGUUUCCCUUAAACCAAUUACACAGUAUUAAAGUGUGUGAAGGAAAAACCAACUUUGAUCCAUCAUUUUGGACAAAUGACAUUCCAUUCCUUUCGCUACUUUUAAUAUUCACUGCAAUCUCAACCUGGUAUUCACUGUUGCUCUAUAAACAAUUUGGAUGGAAUUUAUAUAAAAAAAUAGGCGGUGAUGUAAAAAUGAGAGAUUUAUUACAAAAUAUCUCAAGUACGGUUUUAAAUUACGAAGAUGAGUUUACUCAGUGGGAUUAUAUAAUCCUUGCUGAUCUGGUCAUUCUCCGAUCGCUAAAGAAGAAUCUUUCAGAAUCAUCAACCGAUAAAAAUUCAGCUUCACCUGAGUGCUAA